AUGGAAGGCAACCGCAGUCAAUGGAGAAGACCAGUGGAUUGGUGGAUCAGGUUACAAGAUACUCUGACUCUCACAGUUCCAGUCCUGAAGAAGAAGAAGAAGCAGAAGAUAAUUAUUAGACCAUUAGGGCCAGAUCGCACCUUAACGAAAGACAUCAAGGGCAACCACCUGCGGACCAUAAUCGCUAACAUGUGUGCCUCUUUCAAAACCCCACCCACAGAACUGCCACCACUGUCGGCGAGAUCAAAGCUACAAGAUAACCGAAGAACACGCCUGGCAUCCCAACACUGGACGCCAUAUUGCUUUCGCAUCGAGCUAUGUCGUGCCUCGGUGAAUACAAUGGCUCGAUCCGCUACGAUUUCGUAA